AUGAGCCCAAAAGCUUUGUCACGUCUGCCGGAGUUGCUGCCUAGCAAGCUGUCGCCGGCACAGAAGAAGCUUUAUGAUCAGAUUGCAGCGGGUGCCAAAGACUCCUCGGGCAGGCCGCUGAAGACGCGCGUGAACGAAGAGACCAGAGGGCUCUUGGGGCCCUUCAACGCCUUCUUGCGCUCCCCUCAGUUGGGUGCAGAUGUGGCGCUUCUGGCGGAGCACCUACGCUUCGGAGAGUUGGAGUGCAGCCAGCGCCUCCUGGAGAUGCUUGGCGAUGUGUUCGCCCAACGUCGAAGCCGUGAGAGAUGA